GUUGAGUUUUACAACAUAUGUAUUUAAAUUUCAUCAAAAUCGGUGAGGUGUAACCUAAUCUCAAUAAUUACCGAGAAUCCUCGGGAACAUUCAAUUUGCGACUUUGUAAAUUUCUUCCAAAAUCAGAGUUUGCGAAAAUGCCACCAUUAUUAUUUUUUCCAUAUGAAUCUAUAUCUACAGUAGUAAAUUUAUAAUUUACAUCUACUAAUGCCAAAAAUACAAUCGAAAAAACUUUUUAUAAUUGACUAUCAGGAUCGAGAGCGGCUCGAAAGUGGCAUAGCAGUAUGGGUACGGUAAAAUUUUACCGGAUCGAGAACGGAACGUGACUGAACCGAUAUUGUGGAUCGGGCCUAAAAGAUAUACAUAUAUUACUUUAAAUGAUCAGCUGAUCAGAUGCAGAUGGCGUUUAAGAUGUCAGAAUGAUUGUAAAUGGCGUUCAAAAUAGUUAGUGGUCCAUAUGAGUGGAAAGAGUUCAUUUAAUAACGAAAAUAGAUAAAAUGACUACUGCUGUACAAGAAGACAACGAAUUAAAAAGGUUAUUGAAUAAUCCUGCAAAAAAUGCUGGGGAGGAAUGUUCGAUGGCUCCGCCGCAAUCGACAAAUGUCCCGCGACCGAGCACAUCGCAAAAUGUUAAUCCACAGUUAAUGAUUAAUCCACUGACUCCUGCUCAUAGUACAAAAGAAGUUAUAGAACCAUGUUUACAAAAUGUAGUUUCUACAGUUAACUUAGGUACAGAAUUAAAACUCAUGUAUAUUAACACAAGAACAAGGAAUUCAGAGUAUAAUCCAGCUAGAUUCACAGGUUUAAUUAUGAGAAUUAGAAAUCCUAGAGCUACAGCAUUGAUCUUUCAUUCUGGAAAAUUAGUAUGUACCGGAGCAAGGUGCGAAGAGGAUUCUUACUUAGCAACAAGAAAGUUUGCACGAAUAAUUCAAAAAUUAGGAUUUCAAGUUAAAUUUUAUAACUUUAAAAUACAAAAUAUAGUUGCCACAUGCGAUUUAAAAUUUCCAAUCAAGCUGGAAAACUUAAAUCAUAUACAUGGGCAAUUUUCUAGUUAUGAACCUGAGCUUUAUCCGGGUCUUAUAUACAGAAUGGUAUCUCCAAGAGUGGUAUUACUUAUAUUUGUCAAUGGGAAAAUUGUAUUGACUGGAGCAAAAAAUCGUACUGAGCUGCAAGAUGCAUUAAACAAUAUAUAUCCAAUAUUAAAGAGUUUCAGAAAACAGUAAAAAUAUUUUUAAUAGU